AUGAGUAUAAUCAAUGUAACUAGAGAUCAUGCUCAAGCAAAUGUUGUUGUUGAUGGUAUUUUAGGUGCUUUUCGCACUGAUGGUAUCGAUAUCAGCAAGUUAUUAAUGUUCAGUCGAGAUAAUCCAAAUGUCAAUAAAACAGUUGAUAAAAUGAUCAAUGAUGCUAUGAAAAAAGUUAAUGCUGAACUAUUAAACAUUGGUACUUGUAAUUUACAUGUUAUUCAUAAUGGAUUUAGAGCAGGGACAACGGAAACGAUCUGGGGCGUUGAGAACUUCUGUAUGAACAUUUGGUCGUGGUUUCAAAAAUCACCUGCUCGACAAGAAGAUUUUGAGAAUAUUGCAGAUGAAUUAAAUGAUGUCAUCGAAAAACCAAUUUUAUAUUUUUCAAGUACACGAUGGGUUUUACUCGGAAAAGUAAUUGAUCGAGUUCUUAAGCAAUAUCAUAUGUUUCGUGAAUAUUUUCUGGUUUAUUUACCAUCAAAACAACAGAAACAAAUACAAAGCAAUUCUUGUUAUGAUAAUAUUAAAGAAAAAGAAGGACCACUUGUUCAUUUGCUUUAUGAUGAAUUAUGUGAUUUAUAUCGUACUGUUUUAUUAUACUUUCUGUCACCUGAAAAACAACUAACAACAAAGAAGUUACAGAUUGGAGAGGAAGCACAUCGACUUUUAGUGGACGUAUCCGCAUCAGAUCGUGUGACAUUGUUUCACGACGUCAAAUUGAUAUAUCAUGCAAUUGUUGACAACUUGAAAAAACAUCUUCCAUUGAAAAAUACAUUUUUAAAAGAUUUACAUGUACUUGAUUCUGCAUCGAGAACAAAACCAGAUUCAGCUGAUACAAUGAUUCGUGUUGGAAGAGCAAUACCAAAACUAUUAAGUGAUGCUGAAAUAGAUCGUAUUCGUCAUGAAUUUAUGAUGUAUGCAGCUGAAACUAUUGAUCAAUCUUGGUAUAUUAAAAAUAAAUAUCACGAUUCAGAUGGUAAUAAUCAUACAGAGUAUCAACAAAUUGAUUAUUAUUGGAAUAAGACAUGA